AUGUUCCAUAUCACCACCUGCCUUUAUCGCCAUGGCGUGGCAGACCUGGCGGGCGUGUGGAAAGGGAGGGCAGCUGUGUGUUGGAUCAGCUCAGUUCCAGAUUGGUGGCAGAGAGGUUGGCCCAGGGAUCGCGUUGGAAGUAUGGCAGAGGCAGAAUUGCUGUCACAGCUGGCAGUGGUUUUGAAGCCACGAACGCCGAUCAAAGAGUUGUUUCGGAGUUUUCCGGCGCCAAAGGGCUGGGGCGGGAAUUACUUGGAACCAGAUCUUGCGGCAUAUGGAGUGCUGAAGAAUGCAGCGCUUUUCGUGGAGUAUGAUGGGUACUGGAGGCAUGGAGAAGCGGCUGGGAUUGCGAAAGACCACAAGAAAAAUGCUGCAUUGCUGGUAUAUGCUCCAGCAGGCUCACGCAUAGUGCGCAUUCGGCACGCGAGAAGCAGACCCAAAGAAUCCGACGACAAAAACGUGAUUUGGAUCGAUGUGACUACGUGGCGUCUAGGGGACCAAGAGUCACUUUGGAAGGUCCUGAGAUACAUUUUGCAACGGCUGCUAGCAGAACCGAAUAUUUCUCUGUUGCCGAAGGCGGAAAAACGCCUCCAACAGCAAGUGUCCAAGGCAAGCAUGAAGGUCGUACCGCGAGUCAAAGAAUUUUGUAGCAAAGCGGCCUUACUGGCUGGUCGAAACACGCCUGAAGAAAUGUCAGUUUUCUUGGGCUCCGAAGGGUUCAACCCUGCCAGCAUCAAGCUGGUUGAGCAGAAGUUGUGCCGGAAACGCAUUUCUAUUGAAAGACAGUUGCAACCACUAAUAGUUUGGCUUUUGAGCCUUGGGUUGACGACCGUUGAAGCUGCAAAAGUCCUGGCUUACUAUCCGCCAAUUCUGGACUGCAGUGUUGCCAAGAAUUUGAAACCUACUUUCCAGUGGUUUUUGGAGACCGGACUUUCUGAGCACGAACUUGCAAGGGCCAUUGUGGCUCGUCCUCCGAUUCUUACCUACAGCAUUGAGCAUAAUUUGAAGCCAACGGUGCAAUUCUUUCUGAGCUUGGGUUUGGCAAGGAAUGAGGCGCAUUUCCCAACACGAGCUGUUAUUGAGAUGAUUGCAAGAUGCCCCCGCAUCUUGUCUUAUAGCCAGGGCAGGCUAAAGAAACGUUUGGAAGUACUUGCAAGAUUGGCUCAGAAAGAAAAAUUGGUUAGCGCACUGGUUCUGCGAGACGACCUGUUUCAGCGGAGAUAUGGACAAAAGAGACAACAGCACUGGAUCCGGGCCUUGGUUAGCACCAGCUUCAACAGGUGCUUUGGAGACUUGACAGCCACGGACACUGAUCUGGCGGAGUUUUGUUUCGCAGUUCUGAAGCACCAGAAGGAUGGGGUGGACCUUACUUUGGAUUCAGAUCUUGCAGUGUGGGCUUUGCAAAAACAUGCGAAAAGCUUGGAUCAGUUGACCAAGGAGAACCAGGCGCAAAAACUGGUCCAGAAGGAGCCGGUGGGUCAACCUUUGGCAGUGGCUUACAGUGAGGUGAAGAAGGGCAAAGGCAAAGGCGGUGGCACCGUGGGAUCCCCGUGUAAAGGCAAAGGCAAAGGCAAGUCCAAGCGACCCACUGGCAACUCGGCAUUGGUCCCCACCUUCCACGUACCAGAGCCGGAUGCCUCAGCGGGUGCCGCAGCCAAGAUCUCCACAGAGCCGUUGAAGGGCCAAGUCUUGGAGUGGAAGACCAAGUUCGGCUGGAUCAAGCCUGAGAGUCCCAUCGACCACCCGCUCUUCGAUAAACAUCGGGGGAAGAUUUACAUCAACGUUGGUGAAGAAUUGGAAUUUAUCGAGAUCAUGACUUGGAUAGCGAUUGACUGGAUUACCCUUGCCGGCCGUGGCAAGUUGGUCAUCGAUCUGCUGAACCGCUAUUCCUUGGAUCCGGGCGACACCUGUGAGUGCCUUGGGUUGAAAUGUUCCAACUCUUUUCAGACGCCAGUGGGCCUGGACCCCAAGCUGGGCCAGGAGCCGUUGCAGUUUUUAAAGCACAAAAGGGGCUUCGAACGUGGGAAGUUACCCGGGAAAAAUGGCGGAUUUAUGAGAUGUGGUGAUAUUAAUUACUACUUGGGGAUCUUGGGGUUGCGGUUCGGGCGAUUUUUGGGUGGUAAACCUCUUAAGUCGGACUAUACCAUAACCCCCCACAAUGGUAGCCAUACACCCGCUUACAACUGGAACUGCGACCUCAAGGAUGACGAUGAACCGUGA